UGUGUGUAGUUUAUGUAAAUGUGUACACUGAAAUAUGUGUAACAGGAAAAGGAAUUUAGAAAAAGGAACAAACAAUAAGUAAUACGUGUCGGUUAUGUGCACAUUGUACCCGCUGUGACUCCGAAGCGGGCUCCAUAAACGUCAUAUUUAACACGUCGGGAACCUCCCCGUUGUCAUCGGGGCUGAAGCCACAACUCGCCGGCUGUGUCAACACGAAACCGACGAAACGCCGCGUGCACCGAACGCCUCGGCCAGGUGUACCUAACAAACUGGCACCGCGUACAGUAAGUUCUGUAAACUGCGACUCCCGUCGUUCAUUGCGUCAUUGUGUCAACAUGGCGCCUGUCUGCCGGACAAAAGGCGAAUCUGUCUGACGGAGGAUUGAAACCCAAUUAGAGGCAGAGGAGACAUUUUGGGAAAACUGUCAGUGUCCGUGUGUCCCGGCGGCCCGAGGCACGAGCUAUAUGGUCAAACGCACGUCUGCGGGGGCUCUUGGACUGGAAUAUUAAGGAUGUUCCAGCCGUGCGAGGAGCCUCGUUUCACCAUCGAGCAGAUCGACCUCCUGCAGAGGCUAAGGAGGACCGGCAUCACACAGACGGAGGUCCUCCAUGCCCUGGACACGCUGGAGCACCUGGACCGCAAACAUGGACACAAGUUGUACCAUAAACCUCCCUACAUGCCUCCUUCCUCAUCCUUGUCUUCCUCCAGCGCCGGCGUCGCCUCCUCCUCCAUGACUUCCACCGCCACCCAGACAAGUUUCCCAAACAACCGACUCUCGCUGUCGCCCAGCAACCACUUCGACACCGCCUCCCCGCCUCUGCCCAUCCCAGUGGCCUCGCCGGUCACCAUGGCAGCGGUGGUCCAGAACGGCCUGGUUGCCGUCACCAACGGGAAGCUGUCGCCGCCCCGGUUCCCUCUCGGCGUGGCGGCGCCGGUCUACGGGUUUGAGACCAGUGAAGAGGACAUCGAUGUUGAUGACAAGGUGGAGGACUUGAUGAGGAGGGACAGUGCUAUGAUCAAAGAGGAGAUUAAGUCCUUCCUGGCAAACAGGCGGAUCUCCCAGGCCGUGGUCGCUCAGGUAACGGGGAUCAGUCAGAGCCGGAUCUCCCACUGGCUCCUGCAGCAGGGAUCCGACCUCAGCGAGCAGAAGAAACGGGCCUUCUUUCGCUGGUACCAGCUGGAAAAGACCAACCCCGGUGCCACUCUGGCCAUGCGAGUCGCCCCAGUGGCCCUGGAGGACGUGAUGGACUGGCAGCAAGCCCCGCCUCCGUUCGGCUCGGCCCCCGGGGGCUUCCGUCUGCGGCGCGGGAGCAGGUUUACCUGGAGGAAGGAGUGCCUGGCUGUUAUGGAGAGCUACUUCAUUGACCACCAAUACCCCGAUGAAGCAAAGAGAGAGGAGAUUGCCACCGCCUGCAACGCCGUCAUUCAGAAACCAGGAAAGAAGCUGUCUGAUUUGGAGAGGGUUACAUCUCUGAAGGUCUACAACUGGUUUGCCAACCGCCGCAAAGACAUCAAGAGGCGCGCCAACAUUGAAGCAGCCAUCUUGGAGAGCCACGGCAUCGAGGUUCAGAGUCCAGGCGGUCAGUCCAACAGCGACGAGGUGGACGGCAACGACUUCCCAGACCAGGGCUGCGAGGUGUCCUUAUUUGACAAGAGAGCUUCAGCCAAGCAGUUUGGUUUCAGUCGAGCUGACCUGUCCUCUCCAACCCAGGUACCCACACUGCUCCCCAGCUGGUUUUCUGUCCUGAGCAGAGGGGGCUUGUCUGGACAGAGGGGCACCUCCCUGAUUGGCCGCUCCCUCGUGUCAGGGGCGGGCCCUCAGGCGGAAGGUUCCAGAUUGACAGGCGUGUCCUGGUCUCCCCCGUCGCCCUCCCUCCAGGACGAACCCACCAUUCACAGCGCGCUGUCCGAGCCCCAGGACCCAAUCGGUUUGGAGAAGGCGGCUGUCAAUCACGUCAGCCACGCCCAGGCCAAUCAGGUGGACGGGGCGGGGUGCAGUAUCGGGAAUGACAUCAAGACGGAAACGCUGGAGGACGACUGAAAUGGGCGGCGGACAUUGGAGUUGUCAGAGCAAUGAAUGGAGCAGGAUCUGAGGUGUGUUAAUAUGCAAGCAGAUUUUAUAGGAAUGUAAUGAGUGAAAAACAAAAAAAUGAAAGACCAAAAGUCGUGUAAAGUCCAACCCUGAGAUACCUCCCAACCCUACCUCCAACCACCAACCUGCUCUGCUACACUCUUAUAGGAAUUACUAGUAUGUUAUAAUAAUAAAAGUGCUCCCUAGCAGACUAUGGAAGACAACAAAAAAUGCCCUAAUCAAACCAAGAAAGGGAAAUCACAUUCUCUAAUCAUGACCCAUGAAGGGAAGGACACACGGCCACGUGCAGCGUCGUUCCCUUUAUUUCUUUGUCGAUUUUGUUUUCGGCAUUUUAAAUCUUCCGUAGAGACUCGAUGCAUUGCGCAGGUUUCUCUGGAAGCUGCAUCUUUCACCGCAGGACAACACUGUAUUUGACACGGGGCGCACUGUGAUCACAACACAACUGAACAGCCUCAAGAGAUGAAACGUCUGAGUUUGGAAGUCGAGUUCAUUUUCAACUGGUCGUCUUCACAGUUGGUUCCAUUUCAAAAGGUUUUGCUGUUGGUUCCUUCCAGUGUGAAAGACGACAGAGUGAAUACGCUCAGUUUCUUCGAGGGUCACGGCGCGUUGGUAAUAUCCUUCUGUGGGCCUAUGAAAAAAGUAGAAAACAGAAAGAAACCGAAUGACCCACUCCUCCACCUCCUGCCCCGGUAGAAUAAGCUCAAUAUAUGGAAACAAAGAAAGGAAUACCUGAAUGUAUAAUAUUUAAAUUUUUUAUUUAACAACGAUCUAUCUGAAAUUGAGUGGUUAAAUUCCUUGUAAGUAUUUUAAGUUCUCCAAAAAAAAAACAUAUUUCUGUUUAGAAAAUGAAGGAAGUUGAGAAACUUGAAUUUAGCUAUUUUGAUCUUCAGACUUUCUUUCUUCUUUUUCUAAUUGCACAACUUGAAAUUUAAAGAGUUUUAACCACAUAAAUAGGUAGUUAUCUUAAUAAAAAUAGUAUAAACAGACUAUAAA